CGUGUGCUUUAAAUAAAUGAAUAUUAUUGAAAUGGUUUAUAAAAAGUCAACCAAAUUUUUUGAGUUAAAAUAGGAAAUUGGAAACUAUAGAACUCUGCCACAGGAUGCUUUCUAAUUUGUUAAAGAAUCUGCUUAACGUUGGUCUGCUGUAAUAUACAAAGUCCAUCAUGGCAUAAAUCUUCCUUUUCAAAUUCUAUACUUUACUUGUUUCCUUACACUUUACCCUGUUGUCACCGUUUCUCCUCUAAUAAAUUAUCUUGCUCGGAGUUGAAGACACAUUUGACCAUGGAGAAUAAAGAUCCUGAAUCAUGGAGUUCUGCUCCUAUCUAUCAGUCUCAAUGGCUUCAAACAACCAUAUCAGACUUGGAUGAGAAAUUGGAUGCUAUGAAGACCAUUUUAGAUGGUGACAAUUCUCCAAAAGAACUCAUGCAUUGCGAAUGGAGAGAAGAUCUCAUAGAGAUGCUUGAAGAUUUUGGCCAAUCUUACCGUGUGUUAGCCAUAGCAUAUAACCAACUGAAGUUAAAAACCUCUCAGGGUACCUUCCAAUCUGGAUCUUUAUCAUCUUCUGGUACAUCAAGAACCAUUUGUUCUAUCUGCAAUAAAAGAGCAACAGGUAAAUUGAGAGAUAAAAAUAACCAAGGAGAUGAAUGUUCCUUGGAGCACUCCAAUAUCAAAAUUGACCGUAGUAUCCUUGGUUUUGAUCUUUCAAACGAGCAAGGAGAUGAAUGCCAUGAACUGUUAUCAGCAGGCACAUGCAGCACGAAAUUAAAACCAGAACGCAGACAUAUUCAAAUGGAGGACAGAAUGACAAAAUUUUCAACCACUGAAGAGAAGAUUGACGAUUCGGAAUUAAAUCAGAGAACUGAAGAUCCUCCAAUGAUCAGUUUCAAAUGUGACAAUUUGUGGUCGACACUAAAGUAUCAAACAAAACUUACACAGGACAAUCUGCACCAGUUGCUAGUGCUGGUCCAAAGAAAUGAUGAAAAGAGAGAAACCAUCAGAAGGCUUAGACUAAAGGUGGAAACUUUGAAGACUGAGAACAGGGCCCUGCAGAUUUCUUUAACCCACUCCAAUGCUGAUUCAGAAUGUGAUCAACCACAGACUUCAAGAGCAGGAGGAAGAUCUACAGGCAAGCUCUUCAAAAUCUAGUAUUCUAUGCAAGCAAUCGACACUCAGAAUUUUUUUUUGCAGAACGUUGUUAUGAUAUACUUUGUCCUUUAGUAACUAAGUGAGCACUUGUACCGACGAUACUAUAGGUGCGACUUUACAUGUCUUGAGGCAUGUAGUAAAAAACAGUCAUCAUAUGUUAUUUGCAGUUGGUUCUACGGUGAUCUCAUGUGUACUAUAACAUUGUACAUUCAAACUGAGUAUUAGUCACUAAAAGAU